AUGACUGUACCGCCAUCAUCAGCGUCAUGCCCCUUCUGCCGCAUCGCAGCAGCAUAUCCUCCCAUCCCACCACCGAUAUUCCAUCCUAGGCAGAAACAGGAUGGCGCAUACGAAACAACUAUCAUUCCCACAGAUACGACGCAAGAAACACAUGCGCACCUCGUGCUUUCGACUCCACAUGUCCUGGCCUUUUUGGAUACCAUGCCGUUGACAAGGGGACAUGUUCUUGUCGUUACGAGAGAUCACUACGAGAAGUUGAAAGACAUGGGUGUUGAAGUCAGCAGACAGGAUGCGGCCGCGCAGAUUGGCCAGUGGCUCCCUAUCAUCUCUCGGGUCGUGAUGAGAACUGUCUUUGGCACGGAGCCAGAAUCAGAUUGGAGUUGGAAUGUGGUGCAGAAUAAUGGCAUCAGGGCUGCACAGCAGGUCCCCCAUGUGCAUUUCCAUGUCAUUCCCAGGCCGCCGUUGGAUCCUGCGCCUACCGCAGCCAAAAUGAGUUUCGUCAUGUUUGGUCGGGGGCAGAGGGAUGAACUGGAUGAUGAGGAGGGAGAGACAUUAGCCAAGGCGUUGAGAGAAGAGAUGGCGAAGGAAGUUCGCCGAGUGGAAGAGAGUGAAGGCGUUGAUUUGAAUGUGGCAGCUACGGAUGUGCGUUAUCGGAGGACAAAGGGGAAGCUGUGA